AGCGCGUCAAGAAUCAUGCGCAGUUCCACCUCAAUCCGUGAGAGUCACCGACGGAGCAAUUUAAGGGCGCUCAAAAAGGUUUUUUUGGGGCCAGUUGGUCAAAAGUCACAGCUAAGGAAAGCAAUCCGGAAUCAUUCAAUUAGAUUGGACAUGGCGAGAGGAGGCAUGAUCAGCUUGAUCUUGGGCUGUUUGGCUGUUUUCAGUGCCUCCGUGGUGGUUGCCGAUAACCCAUAUCGGUUCUACACCUGGACUGUGACUUAUGGUACAGUUGCUCCUCUGGGUGAUUCUCAACAGGUCAUACUUAUAAACGGCCAGUUUCCAGGGCCAAAGCUCGAGGUGAUGACCAAUGACAACGUAGUCCUCAACUUAAUCAACAAGCUAGACCAACCUUUUCUUUUAACUUGGAAUGGGAUCAAACAGAGGAAGAACUCGUGGCAGGACGGAGUGCUGGGCACAAAUUGUGUGAUCCCUCCAAACUCGAACUACACAUACAGGUUCCAGGCCAAGGAUCAGAUCGGGACCUUCACAUAUUUUCCUUCGACAUUGUUGCACAAAGCUGCUGGAGGGUUCGGGGCGAUCAACAUCUACGAAAGACCUCAAAUCCCUAUUCCUUUCCCAACCCCCGCCGGAGAUUUCACUUUACUUGUUGGUGACUGGCACAAGACUGGCCACAAGAUGCUGCAGCAGUCUCUCGACUCCGGAAAAUCUCUCCCCUUUCCUGAUGGCAUCCUCAUUAACGGCCAAGCUCAUACAACCUUCAGCGGUGAUCAAGGCAAAACAUAUAUGUUCAGAAUUUCGAAUGUGGGAUUGUCGACGUCCUUGAACUUCAGAAUUCAGGGCCAUAAGUUGGAGCUAGUCGAGGUUGAAGGGUGUCACACUUUCCAGAACACAUACGAUUCAAUCGACGUUCAUGUGGGCCAAUCUGCAGCUGUCUUAGUGACCUUAAAUCAGCCUCCGAAGGACUACCACAUCGUCGCAUCUACACGGUUCACCAAGACGGUUCUCGAUGCAACUGCAGUGCUACACUACACCAACUCACUCACCCCAGUUUCAGGGCCACUACCAGCUGGUCCAACUUACCAAAUACAUUGGUCCAUGAAGCAAGCAAGAACAAUCAGGUGGAAUUUGACAGCAAGUGCAGCAAGGCCGAACCCCCAAGGAUCGUACCAUUAUGGAAAAGUUGCAAUCUCAAGGACAAUAGUCUUGGCCAAUUCGGCGCCUUUGAUUAAUGGCAAACUGCGCUAUGCAGUUAAUGGCGUCUCCUUCAUUAAUGCUGAUACACCCUUAAAGCUUGCCGAUUAUUUCAAUAUCGGCGGAGUUUUCAGCACAAAUUCCCUCCAAAGCGUUCCCUCGGCCGGAGCUGCAAAUCUUGCCACUUCAGUCAUGCCAGCUUCACUUCAUGAAUUUAUUGAAGUCAUUUUCCAAAACAACGAAAACACAGUUCAGUCUUGGCAUCUUGAUGGUUACGAUUUCUGGGUUGUUGGCUACGGAUUCGGGCAGUGGACCCCAGCCAGUCGGAAAAUCUACAAUCUGGUCGACGCCCCAACAAGGCACACUGCUCAGGUGUAUCCGAGGUCAUGGACGAGUAUACUGGUGUCCUUGGACAACCAAGGGAUGUGGAACUUGAGGUCGGCGGCAUGGGAAAGGCAGUACCUCGGACAGCAGUUCUAUCUGAGGGUUUGGACCCCGGACCACAGCCUUGCCAAUGAGUACGACAUGCCUUCUAAUGCUCUACUUUGCGGCAAAGCCGUGGGACAUCAUCCUUAAUGAGAUUGGGGUAUUCCUUCGAACAUUGUUAUCUCA